AAAGCCGCGAGGCGUAAAUGUCGGUCCCCUAGUCGUAGGUAGUAGUCGUCUUCUUUCGAUUUCAAUUGUCAUUGUUGCAGCAAAACGUGGAGUUACUAUCCUUUCGUAUCUGACGUCUCACCUUCAACUCUCCUGCGCCGUUCUCUUGCAUGCCAUAUUUUGAAUGGUUGUUGCCAUAACCGGUCGAAUUGUUUGUCUACUGGCGUGCACAAGGACAGGCGACAGUAAAGGAGGUGCCAACUCGCCGUUUAAUGAAGUGUAUGAAAUGAAGUUAAUACUUUUACGCGUCUUCGUCUAAUAGCUUAGAAAAUUUAAUCGCGUCAACCCCAGCAUUCCAAGCCAACAUUCCGUUGGGAAAAGUAUUCGAGCGCGCAAGCUUCAGUACCAGAAUCCGAACUUUCCUGCAUUCAACGCUGCCUUGGCGCUACUAAUAAACAUUCCACAAUGUUGGGCAUUAAAUAUUUAACAGAGGCCCAUUUGAAGGGCUUCGAACGUUAUAAGUACAACAGCAUCGACACGGGCUACAUCAGCGUCUAUGUUAUGCAUCCGUUUUGGAACUGGUGUGUGCAGUUCCUACCGAAAUGGCUCGCUCCGAAUCUCAUCACAUUCACCGGCUUCCUGUUAACCGUGGUCAAUUUCAUUUUAAUUGCAUAUUACGACUGGGAUUUUCAGGGAGCGAACAACGCCGAACACACAGUACCGCAUUGGGUUUGGUCGGUGGCGGCUAUUAAUAUUUUACUUUACUACAAUUUAGAUGGCAUGGAUGGCAAGCAAGCACGGCGUACUGGCACCAGCGGCCCGCUCGGCGAGCUCUUCGACCACGGCCUGGACUCCUAUUCAGCUGUGCUGAUACCCAUUUAUAUGUUUUCACUAUUUGGCACUAAAGAUUUGCCGCCGAUUCAAAUGUUUUUCGUUAUAUGGAAUGUUUUUCUUAAUUUUUAUUUGACACAUGUCGAAAAGUACAACACUGGAGUUAUGUUCUUGCCGUGGGGCUACGAUUGCACGAUGUGGGGCGUAAGCUUGAUGUUAUUCUUCACUACCCUCGUCGGUCCCAAUAUUUGGCAUGCACGCCCCUUUUUAGGCAUCAGUAUGGCACAUAUAUUUGCCAUUGUCUUACUUACUUCUAGCAUGAUAAGCAGCCAUCCAAUUAUCAUCAAAAAUAUUUACUUAUCAUACAAAAAUAAAACCGGCAAAAUGCGUCCAUUCACGGAGGCGGUGCGACCGCUCUUCCCCUUCUUGUGGCUUUUCGCAAUCACCACAUUUUGGUGCUUUUUCUCGCGUAAUAGCAUCGUUGAUCUGUCGCCGCGCAUACUAUUCGUGCUCUUCGGAACGUUAUUUUCCAAUAUUGCGAGUCGUUUGAUAGUGGCGCAAAUGUCCGACACACGCUGCGAUGGCUUCAAUAUACUCAUGUGGCCGCUGUUGGCUACAGUUGGUGUCUGCUGUUUUCCUUGGUACGAGCAAUUGCUGGGCACCGACAUAAGCGCCGAUAUGGAAUGUUGGAUUGUGCAGGCGUUGACGAUAUUCGUAACUAUAGCGCAUCUGCAUUAUGGACAAGGAGUGGUUUGCGAGAUGUGCGAUCACUUUCACAUUCGUUGCUUCAAAGUAAGAGAUACUUCUUAUAUGGCGAAAAAGCUCACAAAUUCCUCGCCCCAGAAUUCAUCUGCGCUGACCAACUCUCAUACAUCUACACAAUUAACAGAGUCAUUACUGAGUAAACGUCUAAGUAAUAACAAAAAUGGGCCAGCCCAAAAUAAAUUGGCAUAACUUAGUUUAACAAUAACAAAAACAAUUUAUUAAUUGGUGUAAAUUAAUUUAGUAUGCAUUGAAAUUACAUAAUGCUCGCUUGCUGGAAGAGCCACAUAACUGGAAAAAUACAAAAUUCGAAACAAUCUUAAAUUCGAAAAAAUUCGCUGCCCCAUCCUCUGCUACGUCAGCCAAUCAGUUGAUUCCUUCAGAAUCGCUGAGAGCCAAUUAACGGUUUGCUGUUGAGCGCGCCUUCGCAUUAUGUAUCAUAUAACAACACCUUUGCAUUCUGUACGACAGCAGCAGCAACAAAUCUUUUGUUAUCUAGUGAGUUACUGUUAAUAGAUAGCGCCUUCAAUUGUCUACACCUCAUAAAAGAAGAGUUGGUAGUAAUUUUUAUGACAUUCUUCCAGCAAACGAGCGUUAAGUUGUUUUGCAGUAGCCGUAUAAAAUUAUGCCCAAAAGUAUGCUACAUAUUACAAAUGCAUGUAGCAGUUGCUUAUUAGGACAUGGGUAGAUAUUUUUUUUACUAAUCACUAACAGGGAUAUAUUUUUGGAAUAACCUUAGAAUGCAUUCCCGCAAGGGAAAGAUGCUCACAAAAAUGAGAACCAAAAAAUAAAUAAAUUUGCUGAGAUUACAAAAUACAUCACGAAAUACGUCACUUUUCGAUUUCGGCGAUAGUAGAGCAUCCUGCAAUAUUAAGGAUGCCAGGCCAAAAAAAAAAUUGAAUUUCCUGAUAUUAUAAAAAAAAUACACCACUUUUCGGGUUAGGCGAAAAUGCUAAUAUAAAUUUCAAAUUGUUACAAAAAAUACUUGAAACUGCGUGCCCUAUUCAAAAUGGCAUAUA